AAGAGUCGAGUUGCGAGGAGUUGUUAGUUGAGAGUCGAGUUGCGAGAAGUCGAGAGUUGAAUGGAGAGAGAGUUGCUGAGUUGUUACGAGUUGUAAACUAUUAGUUGUACUUCAGCAUGAUAUGAUAGCAACGAUCGAGGAGAUCUGUCCCGCAAGAUGAAGAAUCCUUACGUCCUCGCGUGUUUCCUUCUGCUGCCCGCGGUGCUGGGCCUCACCCUGCAGGAGGACGACCUGGUGUUCGACGACGUCGGCGAAGAGACGACCAGCACCGCAGCCGCGGUUAUCAGUCGUCGAUUAGACGAGCACAGGACCAGCUGGUACGAGCCGAAGUACUUCCAUGACGCAAAAAGGCAUCAAUUCGACAAGGUGCACAACGUUCCUCACGUCGUCGUACCAGUUGGACAUGUGCUCAAGCUUAAAGUCCACAAGGAAGCUUUCAGCGGCCCUGAAGACUACUACGAGUUGUUCGACCCUAACGGAAAACUGCUACGAUGGUUGUAUUGGGACGACGCGGCGUCGACUCUGAUGGGCGUCCCGACCAAGAAGGACGUGGGCAGGCGCGUUUUAAGCGUAAAAGUGAUGCCAAAGCACGAUGUAAGUGAAACGAAGGACCUGUUCGUCGUGCAAGUGGUACCGGAGAAACACGAGGAAUUGAAGCACAGAGACGGAAAGACACACUGCAACGAAGGGGAGGAACAGACGCUGCUGACGAUACUGCUGGAUGCCAGGUUCGACAACCUCUCGCCGGUUACACGAGUCAACACCAUCGAGAACCUCGCAGGAUUUCUGGGACUGCACGUGAGCGCGUUUUCGAUGCAUCCGCAAAACGCCAAGGAAAGUUUCAACGAUGAUUCUACCGUGAUCCUCAGCGGAUCAGGAAACGUGAAACACCGGAAAGAGAAACACCUCACGGCGGUCCAGUGGCAGGUCGGUUGCGACGGUCAUUUAUGGAGGCACCAGACAGAUUUGGUGAAACAUCUGCGGGAACAAGCGAAGGAUGGUACCCUGGCGGAAGUGAUGCAACUUCCGGUGCUGCUAUGGCGCGUGAAGACGGAGUCGAGCUUGUUGUUGAGAAGCAGAAGGGAAAGCGGUUCUGGGCAUUACGGUAACGCGGACUACGAAAGUUACGAUGAUUAUGACAUCGAAUACGAUAGCGAGGAUGACGAAGACGGUGAGGAUGGCGAGGACGGUGAGGAUGGCGAUGACUCGCAAGUAUCGCCAACUUUCAUGCCGGACACGAAUUCACUUAAAGCGAAUCUGCCCGAACAUCCACACAGGCAUCACCAUGGAGAAGAACCUAUCGAUUGGAAUACCGAAGAGAAUAUCGAUGAGGAGGAGAUUCCAGUCGUGAAUCAACCAAAUGUAGUGGAGAGUGCAUUGAAUAGAACCACUACGGACACCACGUCGACCACAACAACCACUGAACUUACAUCACCACCAUCAACAACUCCAAUAACCAUCACCACGACGACCACUUCAACUACUUCGACAACAACAACAACCACCCAACAACCACCCUCGUCAACGGCCAAUACAACAACUAGCACAACAACGAGUACAACAAUAGCAGAUACAACAACAGCAAGCAUCAUGCCGACCAUCAUUGUCCCAUCGACCGAGACACCGGAGAAAUCGGAGAGCACCGAAGAGACAACGAAGAACACCAGAUACACGGAGACCGAAUCUCUAAACGUGUCAUCUGUCACUAUACCAGAACUCACCACCAUCCCUCCUUCGGUAAUCGUUCCUCAUUCUAGUACCACAACAAUGGGAACCACACCUACCACCGUUGUUGUCGAAAGGACGGAACCGGACGUCACCAAUGGUACCGUUAAUGUUACCACGGAAGAGCCGACGGAACAAUCGUCAAUGUCUUCGACGAAACAGCCCAUUACUCUGUUACCAAUACCUGCAAACACCACCACCACAACCACAACCACCGCACUGGUCACAAAUAUCACUACAACACCCACAACAACAACGACACAGAUGAGAACCACACCGAUCACUACAACUACAACCACCACCAAUACCACCACUACUACUACCAUGGCUCCAACCACUGCUAGUACAACCACUACCACGAUCACUACCACUCCAGCACCGACCAGCGCUGCCACGGAACCACCUAGGGUUACCACGGAAACCAUAGUGUACGGAGUUCGCAACUUCCCGCCCAAACAAGAUAGGAGACUGAAGAAGAUACCGGUUACGGCUGGAAAACCAUUGAGCUAUGUUAUACCUGCUAAUACGUUCAGCGAUCUGGAGGACGGAGAUACCAGAAACCUGAAGCUGAGUUUGUAUCUGCAGGGUGCACCGUUGAAACCCAGCCACUGGCUACAAUUCAAUCAAAGGACACAGGAGGUUUAUGGAUUGCCACUGGAGAACGAUAUUUCUACUUGGACCUACGAAUUGGUAGCUGGCGAUAGCGAGGGAUUAAAUGUGACAGAUCGACUCGACAUUCACGUGCAGCAGCACAAGCUCAGUCGCAGUGUGAACCAUGAAUUCAGUAUUUAUUUAAGGAUCGAUAAGCGCACUGAGUUUCCUACAGACGUUGACUGGGAGCUAAAGGUAAUUCGAGGAAUAGCCGAAUUGUAUGGAGAUAGCGAUACCAGGCAUAUCACCGUUAGAGCUGUUGAUAUCGAUCGCGACCAAGCAAUUUUCACUUGGACCAAUGAUAGUUUACCUAGAAGCAGCGAGUGCCCUAAAGAAUAUAUCGACGAUCUUAUGCAUGUCCUGAUUGAUAAAAACGGCGAGCCCAGUCCUUCAUUGAGGGAUGUUCUCCUCCCUGAAAUUAGAGUCAAACGAGUGGUCUACCAGGGUAUUGGACAGUGUGAGGACAUAUCCCGUCCAGAAGUACCAAAAGUGUCUACGCAAGAGCCUAAAUCAAACUUCCCACCGGUACCUAGGAACCAGGUGGACCUUGUUAAUGCCACUGUUGGCCAGUUGCUUGUAUUUAAAGUACCAGAGGAUACCUUCUACGAUGCAGAAGAUGGUUCCGCAAGAAAUAUGCAAAUGUCUCUACUGACCAUCGAACGCAAGCCUAUUCCCCCACAGGAAUGGCUGCAAUUUGACAGCAAGAAUCAAGAAUUUUACGGAGUCCCAAUGCGUAGUGACGUUGGACGAAAGGAAUAUCAAUUGGUAGUUACUGACAAAGAAGGCGCAAGCGCCACCGACGGCCUAGUGGUUGUUGUACAUUCUGCACCCUUCAUGCACCAUACGGUGGAGUUCUCCAUGACCCUGGACAUCCCGUACAAAUCGUUUGCACACUCUGCCCUUCAAAAGCGUAAUUUCAUCGAAAAGCUCCGUGAUCUGUAUCAAGAUAAAGAUACUAAUGCGAUCUCUUUACAUAGUAUAUCGAAUGGUAGCACGGUAAUCACGUGGCACAACAGAACCUUGCCUACCUCGUAUUGUGCCCACGAAGAAGUCAGUAGAUUGCGUUCGGUACUCGUAAAGAGUGACAAUGAUCGUCGAUCUGUCACGGACGAGGUUCUGGACGUUAUGGGCCCGAAAUUCCCUGUGAAACAAAUCACUGUGGUCCCCAUGGGCAUCUGCCUUGGCGAAUUAACAGACGUUCAUUCGCCUGACAGUCACGUUCCACCAGUGGACGAUUCCACCUCAGUCGGGGCAUUCCACGAUGAUUAUCUCAUCACGUUCGUCCUGCCGGCUAUAAUAAUCGCUAUAAUGCUCAUCCUAGCCGGUAUCAUUGCCUGCGUGUUGUACAGACGAAGGCGUAGUGGCAAGAUGAGCGUCAGCGAACAGGACGACGAGAGACAGAGUUUCCGUAGCAAGGGUAUACCCGUCAUUUUCCAGGACGAGUUGGAUGAAAAGCCAGAUCCAGGUAACAAGUCUCCCGUCAUUCUGAAGGAAGAAAAACCACCACUACCACCUCCUGAAUAUCAAAAGGCUGAAGAUGGCGCGGACGUGCCGAUGUUGCCGAAGGAGAAUUCCGAGGAACCGUACCAACCACCUCCACCAUUCGCAACGAACCGCGAUACCAAUCGUCAGAAUCGUCCUAAACCCACCCCGACGUACAGGAAACCACCCCCCUACGUGCCACCCUAACAAAAUACGGUUCACUCGCCCACGCGCAAAUAUAUGUUAGCGAUGCUCGGAGACUCCCCAAUACACGCGCAAAACCAAACCAACUAUCAGAAGAAACCUCAGCUUGCCGGUAAAAUGGACAACUGCGGUAAUCUGAACAUAUACAGCAAUCUUAAGUAAAAAACGAAAAAAGAAAAAAAAAGGAAAACACAAAGCUUUCGUUCGUCCCGGCAUUCGAACAAUAUAUAUAUGUAUAUGUAUAUCGGUAUCACGAAACGAGAGAAGACGAAAGAUCUGUUCAGGAGAACUCACGCCAAAAGUCACGCCCACUUUUACUUACUUUGUAAUAUUAUCUAUGUACAUGUAUACUCAUUCGUCGCUAUUUAUCCGCGGUAUAUAACGUAUUUAAGGGAAGAGAAAGACGAGGGAACGAGGGAUGGGAAAGUCGUCCUCGAGUUUCUUUCCUUUUUCUUCUCCUCUUUUUACUUUCAUUUUUUAACAAAACAGAUGCACUUUUUGUCAUCGAUCGUCUUGUAAUUUCACGGGAUACAUUUUUCUAGGGAGUGUAUGGGAUUACAAAUCACGCGUUGCCUUUCGUAACGAAUUCAACUGUAGAAAGAGAGAAAGAAAGAGGGAGAAUGAUUCUACUACUCCGACCGGGUAAGCGGAUAUUUUAGGUUUUAGGUUUACGAAUCUUGUAGAACCAGCCAGUCGUUUAGGGCGAGAUGUAUUUUACUCGAUAAUAUGGGGUAGCAAAGAGAGUCGGUGUUUGUAUAUGCAGCAACGAUACUCGUUAAAUAUUUCAGUAAUAUCAGUGCCAUUUUUUAAGCAAUAAGGGUAUCCUGCUGUGAACGAAGAAAACACUUACUAUAAAUGGUUCUACGACUUAACGCAAUUUACUGUUAAAAAAUGAAAAAAAAAGAAGCAAACGGUCUCCAAGUAUCAAAGACUAUCGACUUAACGAAUCUUACAACGUACCUACAACGCGUAACGCUGCCAGAUGAGAAAAAAGAGAUACAUGAUAAUUCUUCGUCGGACGAGACAGUUUUAUCGCCAGUUAUUCAAGCCUCUUUUUUUAUACUGUCCAUAAGUUUUUGCAAGAGGAAGGAAUAUCGAAACAGGAACGAAGAAGAUUUUGUAUAUUCUGCGAUUUUAUUGAACUGACCCAUCCGACGAUCGGUUAUGCCAGACUUAAACGAUUAACUUAGUGAGAAGUGAGGAUUUUUUUAAAGAAAAAAAAAAUGGAACAUAACUUAACCGUGUGUAUCUGUUUGCGCGAUAUGCCAUUGCAGAGUGACAGCAAAAUGCUUCCAUUGGCGCUGUAGGCCACGCAGAAUAAAAGAAAAAAAAACUAAUGAUAAUAUAUAUAAAUAUAUAUAUAUAUAUAUAUAAAAACUAUGUAUAUUACCUAUUUGUCGUUCGAUAGACAGUCUGCUGCAUUACUUAUUGUUAGAUUGAUGUCGUUCGAAGAACACUGCCAAGACCUACUGUCUAGGGUUUACAUUGUCUUGCACUUUUUAUUUCUUUAUUUCUUUUUUUUCUUUACACUGUACAGGUGGAAGCUUCCCAUUCGUUUCACGCACAAUCAGACAAGGAAUUCGCCCUUUUUUUUAACAGCUCUGUGACUAUUAUCUAAGGUCUUUUGUUUCUAUUUUUUUUUUUUUUUUUUAUCGUUUGAAGAAAAAAGGAAGCUCUAGUUUUAACGAUUCUAAACCCGUCGAUGGCUUAAUUUAAUUUAGAAUUUACAUAGUUACCAAGCCAAAAAGAAGUACUAACUACUUAAAGCAGAGAAGAAAAAAUGGAAUUAAAAAUAAGAAGGAACAAAAGGACACGGAGGAGAAUAAAGUAAUAAGACCUACUUUUUAACAUAUACAAACGUGCGUAAACACCCGUACACCCUAUGAACAGGGCGCGCACACGUUUUUUAUAUGAAUGAUUUUCUACAAUCUAACCAGCUGCUCUGUUGCAAACAAAUUUUCGACUGAUUUUCGUGAACGAAUAAAUAAAAGGAAAAAGGAACGAGAAUGAACCACAAUUUUUUUGGGAUACGGGUAUGUACGCGCUGCCGUUUCUUCAAUACCUCGAUAGUUUCCUGAUAUUUUUUCAAAGAGGAAGGAAAUAAUGCGAGAAAUUCGAAAGAAAAGAACGAAGGACAAGGGAAGGAGGAAACAGGAAGAGAAAUAACAAAACAAAAGUAAAAAGAAAAGCGAUAUCUUUCGCGUACCUCGAAUUUGAAGGCUCUGUUCAUCCACUUCUUCGCAACAGGAACAGGUAGUUGACGAAUCUACAAAUUUGGGGUCACUCCUAUUAAAACUUAGUGUGAAUGAUGAUGAUGAUAAUAAUGAUGAUGAUGAUAAUGAUGAUAUUUGUGUAUGUAGAAUGAUAAAAAAAAAAAAACGGAUGUUUGGUAUGCAAGCUAAAUUACGAUAUAAUAUAUAUUAAUUCACGUCUUUAUAAUGUAGAAGAUUUAAGUAUAUUAACACGCGACUAUCUCUUUUCAAUCCUUCUUCACCGCGCCUUGUUUAUCGCAGAAUAAAAAAUCAGGCAGAUCAUUCUAUUCCACAGUGCAAAACGAUUGCGUUCCAAUGAAACGAACAACAUGUACGAUUCGUCGCGAUAAUCGCACGAAUUAGAAAACCUCGGGAGUAUUUUCUAUUUUUGUAUCACGUUUUAGCGUAUCCGCUGUUCAAGGAAAUUGAUGCGUCACGAAUCGUCUCGUCGCGUCCACGCUCGAGCUACCUUAAACAAAAAAAAAAAAAAAAAUAAAAAAAAGAAGAAAAGAGACACAGAAAGCUUUUUUUACGAGAGGAAAAAAAUAUAUAUAUAAUAAGAAUAAAAGAAGCUCGGAUCGUGGAUGGGGCCAUAUCGAUCGUGCGUGGCCGAUCGCAGUAUGUGUACACGCUACUCAAAGACUACUUUCGAAUCUCCGGUCUGUGACCUGCGAUAGACAAGAGCAGAACUCAUAUCAUGCUUCUAAUCAUAUCAUCGCUAUACGCGUAACUCUCAUGCGCUGCAAUUGUGUUAUUGUGACGGAAACGACGAUUAUGUAUAAUAAACGUGUACGAUAUUUAUAAGAUACGGUGUCAGAAGUGGAAAAAUUGUAAAGAAGAGGUCGGAAUUGGCGAACAUACAGCCGAUCGUCGUGUUUAAGAACAAGCUUUUGGACGGAGCUUACUUUCUUUUUUUUUGGCCUGCGAAACGAAGAGAGGAAGAGAGAGAGAGAGAGAGAGAGUGUGUGUGUGUGUGUGCGGUUCGAAAGUAUUUUGUAUAGAAGAGAAGAAAAGCUAGGGAAACAAGAAUGAAACGACGAAAGAAUUAGGGAAGAAAUACGAAGGAAAAAUCGUAGAAAUCGGUGGAGUCCAGAAGGACGCGGACCACCGAAAAAGUUCCGCUUCGAGGGGAGAGACGAAGGAGGAGAAACGAUUAUCACGUCGCGUAUAAGGAAUGUCUUGUACACAUAAUGAUAUAUACAUAAAAGUAAUACACGUCGACUGGGAAUUCGCAAAUUAUUUUUGUCCGCUAUGGCGCCUCGACGGAACCCCGGAUGGAAGGAAUCGGGCCAGGUAAUGAAAUAUCGUCCUUCCUUCGAUCUGCACGAUCGAGAAGGCAUCGUAUCUCGUUAACGAUCAUCCUAUCGGGUGGUGUGGUCGACGACUAAUGAAAGAAGCGUGGAAUAAUACAGACACAGACACACAGAUACACGCGUAUACAGAUAUCUCUGACAAGUACUGCAUAUUAAACACGUGUAAAGUUAAGAGUUAAUAAAGCCAUUUUAGGAUA